AUGGAUCCACCUCAUCUACAACUGUCAGGAAGAGGUCGUGGAGGUACCGUUGCAGGAGUGAAUGCUGUCGCUCCAGCGUCUUCCCACAACACAGUGACUAGUAAAACAAGUUCCUUAGAAAGUUUCGUCCUUGAAGAGAGUGGUUCAACAUCAGGCGGCUCAUCACAUCCGUCUUCGCAUCCAAUG